UUCCUUUUAGAAUCAAAUUGUAGAAGGGAGAUAUAUGCAACUUUGCUGAAGAUUCUGAUGGCUCGUGAAGAUGCUAGCCAGCCUUUGCUUUCGGCUAUGACUGAUUCUUCACUAAAUGAGACAAAGGCCAUCCAGAGAAGAAAGCCUCAGCGCCGCUCAAUGGCUCCUUCAGAGAAAGGCUCUCAAGAGCAACAGAGGAUCCCAUCUGCUAUAAAUCCUGAGUCAGCACUUGUAGCACAAGAGGUUAGGUUCAAGUAUGUGCUACUAUGGUUGGCUUCCUAUCUAGGCAUAGGCACCCUUUGGUUCUCCCUCAUAAGGAAUCAGAUUGAUGGUAAGAAGACGAAUGGGGUUCUCGAUGCAAUUUACUUCUGUGUUGUGACAAUGACCACUGUUGGAUAUGGGGACCUUGUACCCCAUAGCACAUUGGCAAAGAUACUUGCCUGCAUUUACGUCUUCACUGGCAUGGCUCUUGUUGGGCUAAUUCUAAGUAAGGCGGCAGAUUACAUAGUGGAAAAGCAGGAAAUUCUCUUGGUUAGAGCCAUGCAUAUGAAUGAAAAGUUUAAUGCAGCUGAGAUUCUUAUGGAGGUUGAAACCGACAAAGUGAAAUAUAAAUUUCUCGUGACUUCACAGCUACUUUUGGUUCUUAUAGUUGUGGGAAUCAGCUUCUUAUCGCUGGUUGAAAAAAUGGAAUUCAUUGAUGCCAUUUAUUGUGUUUGUUCCACUAUCACCACUCUUGGCUACGGGGAUGAGAGCUUCUCAACAGGAGUGGGACGCAUAUUUGCUAUUUUCUGGAUACUCAGCAGUACGGUUUGCUUAGCUCAGUUCUUUCUCUAUCUAGCAGAGCUGUACACUGAGAGAAGGCAAAAAUCACUGGUUAAAUGGGUUCUUACGAGAAAACUAACAUCAUCAGACCUUGAGGCAGCAGAUCUGGAUCAUGAUGGGGUGGUCAGUACAGCAGAGUUCAUCUUAUAUAAGCUGAAGGAAAUGGGAAAAAUCUGCCAGGAAGACGUUUUGCCAUUAAUGGAGAGGUUCAAAACUCUCGAUGUUGAUCACACAGGAACUUUGACUGCAUCCGAUCUGAUUUGACCCUAAUCAUCUAGAGCUGAUGACUCAACCCUUGCGUAAUUUGCUAGUGCAUCAACAUUUGAGAUAUUUCCAACAAUUCCACGGCUUAGUGAGAGGGAAUAUUCUUUAACAUGAAACCGUUGUUUCAAUCUGCAUCUCACUUUUGCAGCUGCAUAUUAAGGAGCAACAUAUGCAUAGUUUACAAAUAUAAUUUAUCUAGCAACUCCAUCCUAAGUGGAGAAUUUAUAAUGG